AUGAACUUUGUGCGUGGCUCGCUGCGCGCGGCGCACUGUAUGCCCCGGUUAUAUGCGGUGCGCACGUAUGCGACUGCUGCACCUCUUGCAAAGACAUACACUCCAAAAGUUGUCAAGGUGCUUCCGUACCAAAAGACACGCAAAGCGCUUAGCGAUCGCAAAGCAUACUUAUACGCCAAGUACCGACGCAUCUUGCAGGAAAAUGAGCUGGUGCUUUUGUUGGAGACGGAGAAUGUAAGCGUUCCACUUAUGAAAAAGAUCCGUGCUCAAGUGGCCAAUGUCAAGUUUCCAGAUUCAGAUCGGGAACGGCUCGAAGCUGCACACGGCGGCUCGUGGUCACUGCCUACGACGAGUGUUCUUUUGGCGCGUACGGGUAUACUGCGUCCUGUUUGCAAGGAUGAUUCGGCACAGGUAGUGCAAGAGCUGGGGCCGUAUUUGCACGGCCAAUUAACGAUGCUUGUAUGCCCCAUCCUAUCGCCAGAGUACGUGGGGAAGGUGCUGCGCGCGAUUGAAAAACCAAUUCGGGAGGCGACACGCGCGAUUGAUUCCAAAAGUGGUAAAAAAGUACCGUUGAUGCGGCCACUCGCCGCAGUUGCGGAGCGCACAAAGCUCAUCGAUGCUGCUUCGAUCCCUAUGAUGACGAAACUGCCCAACCGCGCGAUGUUGCAUGCACAGCUAGUUGGAUUGCUUUCUGCGCCAGGACAACAGCUUACUGGCAUUAUUUCUCAAGCAGGUGGCGUUACGCUUGCAGCGACGCUCGAUGCGCACCGCCGUAGCCUUGAAAAAGACGCGUAG